AUGUCAUUGGAUACGCAAAAUAUCAAUACAACAUCGUUUAAUAUACCACCUGAUCGUGAAGCACUUAAUUUAAUGACGAAAUUAAAAUUAGAUCGCUUCAAAUUACGUAAAAAGAAAUUUGAUGAAGAAUAUAUUGAAAUUAUGAAACAGAAUAAUGAUUCUACUAUAUCAGUAUAUGAUAAAGUUUAUAUGUUGAAGAAAAGUAUAGAAAGAUUAUUUGAUGAAACGAGUAAAGAACGAUAUUUGAAAAAUUUCGAUUCCAUAUUGACAAUAGCUAAAGUCAAUACAUCGACAUCGAAUAAUGUAUUGGAAAAUUUUCGUCAACAAUUCAUAAAAGUGAUUGUUGAUGGUAAGAAACGUUCUGAAUAUAAUUAUUUAUUUGGUUUAAUUAUGUCUCAAUGGUUAUCAGAACAGAAAAAUGAAUAUACACCAUUAGAAAUGAAAUCAACUAGCAAAAGUUUAUUAACUAAUGAGCAGUUAGAAAAAAUUAUUUUUAAUCAACCACAAUUAAACUUAGAUGUAUGGCGUAAUUUUCUUCCACACAAACUUUUUUCUAUCUUUGAUAAAGAUUCAAAAUUAAAAGAUGCUUUUGAUGAAUUCAAAAAAUCAAUAGAACAAUAUGGAAAAUCAUUAUUGAAAGAAAAAGUUUCAUCUAAUGAUAUACGACAAGCUAUUGAAAGUCUUAUAAGUAAUGAUUCAUUAGAUGAAUAUCGGAAAAGACUUCUAACAAAAAUGCGAUUAGAUGAAAAUACUGUCAAUGAAUUUGAAUCAUCAUUAAAUUUAUUAAUAUCCGAUUUAGCUGAUUGGAAUUGGCCUAUCAAAGAUGUACGUGGAAUAUUUCGUCGAAAUUUAGUUGGAAAAUAUAGAUGUUUCUAUGAAGAAGAUUUUCUGACUGCUAUUUUUCUUGAACAUAUAGGUUUAAAAUGGAGUUAUUAUUUUAAAUAUGAAUUAAAAAUACUUUUUCAAGUAUUAAAUAAAAAAUUUCGAGACAAUUGUUCGUCGAAAUCAAUUCAAUACAAACGAUGUCGAAUGCAAGAAGAUGAAUAUUAG